GUCGACCCCGCCCAGCGAUCGGCCCUCCUGGCUAUAACGCAUGCGCAUAAGCCUACCGCAGCCGCCGCCGCCGCUUCAGCACCAGAGCCCGGACAGCGGCGCCGCCCACGGGCAUGGACGGUGGUAGCGGCAGCAGCAGCAGCAGCGAUCCGGCUCCCGGCCCGGGUCCGGAAGAGGAGCAGCAGCCCGAGGGGGAGCCUUUGGCCCCAGAUGGCAGCUCCCCGGACAGGUCCCAGAGCAAGGCUGUGGCCCCCGAGGCCAGCCCAGAGAAAAGCUGCUCCCUCCACAGCUGCCCCCUUGAGGACCCUUCCAUUUCCUCGGGACCCCCACCAGCAACUUCCACCCUCCAGCCUGUGGGCCCGUCCAGCCCCUUGGCCCCCUCCCACUUCACCUAUCCCCGGCCACCACAGGAAUACCGGGGGGGCAGCUCCCUGCCAGGGCUUGGGGACCGGGCAGCACUGUGUUCCCAUGGCUCCAGCCUCAGCCCUUCCCCAGCCCCCUCACAGCGUGAUGGGGCCUGGAAGCCGCCGUCUGUGCAGCACCAUGUGGUCAGCGUCAGACAGGAACGGGCCUUCCAGAUUCCAAAGAGCUAUUCCCAGCUGAUUGCUGAGUGGCCAGUGGCCGUGCUGCUGCUGUGUCUGGCUGUCAUCCUCCUCUGCACUCUGGCCGGACUCUUGUGGGGCCAGCUACCCGACUUCUCCAAGCCCUUGAUGGGCUUUGAGCCUCGGGACACGGACAUCGGGCGCAAGCUAGUGGUCUGGAGAGCGCUGCAGGCCCUCACAGGUCCCAGGAAGCUGCUUUCCCUUUCUCCAGACCAUGAGCUGAACAGCUCAAGCCCCCUCACCACUCGGAGCCCUGCACCCUGGAGCAGUGCCCAGGAGGGCAUGGUCCGGCCUCAGAGGAUGGUGGAACCCCUGGAGGACAGAGGGCAGGAGAGUUUCUUCUGCGGCCCUCCUGAGAAGAGCUAUGCACAGCUGGUGUUCAUGUCCACCUCAGCGGGCAGCCUGUGGAACCUGCACGCCAUUCAUUCCAUGUGUCGCAUGGAACAGGACCAGAUCCGCUCCCAUACCCGCUUUGGGGCUCUGUGCCGCCGUACGGCAGCCAACGAGUGCUGCCCCAGCUGGUCCCUGGGCAACUAUGUGGCCGUACUCUCCAACCGCUCCUCCUGCCUGGACACUACUCAAGCUGACACAGCCCGCACGCUGGCCCUGCUGCGGGCCUGUGCCCUCUACUACCACCGCGGUGCCCUGGUGCCCUCUUGUCUGGGACCCGGGAAGGACAAGCCCCCACACUGUGCCCAGGUUCCCACCAAGUGCUCCCGGAGCAGUGCUGUCUACCAACUCCUGCACUUUCUGCUGGACAGGGACUUUCUGAGUCCCCAGACUGCUGACUACCAGGUGCCCUCCCUCAAGUACAGCCUGCUCUUCCUGCCCACCCCAAAGGGUGCCUCCAUGAUGGGCAUCUACCUGGAUCGCCUGGUUGCUCCCUGGGGGCUCUCUGACAACUACACAUCCAUCACUGGCAUGGACCUGGGCCUUAAGCAGGAGCUGCUGAGGCACUACCUGGCCCAGGAUACGGUAUACCCCUUGCUGGCCCUGGCUGCCAUCUUCCUCAGCAUCGCCCUCUACCUGCGCUCCCUCUUCCUCACACUCAUGGUGCUGCUCGGGGUGCUGGGCUCCCUGCUGGUUGCCUUUUUUCUUUAUCGAGUGGCCUUCCGGAUGGCCUACUUCCCCUUUGUCAAUCUGGCGGCCCUCGUCCUGCUGAGCAGCGUCUGUGCCAACCACACCCUCAUCUUCUUCGACCUGUGGCGCCUCAGCAAGAGCCAGCUGCCCUCCGGGGGGCUGGCGCAGCGAGUGGGCCGCACCAUGCACCACUUCGGCUACCUGCUGCUGGUCUCGGGCCUCACCACCGGCGCCGCCUUCUACGCCAGCUACCUGAGCCGCCUCCCGGUCUUGCGCUGCUUCGCCCUCUACAUGGGCACGGCUGUGCUGGCGCACCUGGCGCUCACGCUGGCUUGGCUGCCCUCCUCGGCCGUGCUCCACGAGCGCUACCUGGCGCGCGGCUGUGCGUCGGGGGCGCGGGGCCCGUGGGGCGGCAGUGCGCCCCGCCGAUUGGCGCUGGCGCUGCACCGGCGGCUCCGCGGCCUGCGGAGGGCGGCCGCCAGCACCUCGCGCCUGCUCUUCCAGCGCCUCCUGCCCUGUGGCGUCAUCAAGUUCCGCUACAUCUGGAUCUGCUGGUUCGCCGCGCUGGCGGCAGGGGGCGCCUACAUCGCCGGCGUCAGCCCGCGCCUGCGGCUGCCCACUCUGCCGCCGCCCGGCGGCCAGGUCUUCCGGCCCAGCCACCCCUUCGAGCGCUUCGACGCCGAGUACCGCCAGCAGUUCUUGUUCCAGCAGCUGCCUCAGGGCGAGGGUGGCCACAUGCCCGUAGUUUUGGUGUGGGGCAUCCUGCCCGUGGACACCGGUGACCCCCUGGACCCUCGCAGCAACAGCUCAAUGGUGAGUGACCCGGCCUUCUCGGCCAGCGGUCCUGAGGCCCAGCGCUGGCUGCUGGCACUCUGCCACGGAGCACGGAAUCAGAGCUUCUUUGGGGCCCAGCCGGAGGGCUGGUCCACGUUGUGCUUCGUGGAGGCCCUCCAGCACUGGAUGGAGAGCCCUAGGUGUGCCCGCAUGGGGCCUGGCCUCUGCUGUGGCCACUCAGGCUUCCCCUGGGCCCCCCAGCUUUUCCUACACUGCCUCAAGAUGAUGGCUCUGGAGCAAGACCCCGAGAGCACCCGUGACCUGGGACUCCGCUUCAACACCCAGGGCAAUCUGGCCGCCUUGGUCCUGCAGUUCCAGACCAACUUCCAGUAUAGUCCCGACUACACCCAGGCCCACCACUUCUACACUGAGGUCAGCCACUGGCUGGCAGCAGAGCUGGGCAGGGCACCUCCUGGCCUCCGCCGGGGCUGGUUCACGAGCCAUCUGGAGCUGUACAGCCUGCAGCACAGCCUGAGCACCGAGCCUGCUGUGGUGCUGGGCCUGGCUCUGGCGCUGGCCUUUGCCACACUGCUGCUGGGCACCUGGAAUGUUCCUCUUAGCCUGUUCUCCGUGGCAGCUGUGGCAGGCACCGUGCUGCUCACUGUGGGGCUCCUGGUUCUGCUCGAGUGGCAGCUCAACACUGCCGAGGCCCUCUUUCUUUCUGCUUCUGUGGGCCUCUCGGUAGACUUCACUGUCAACUACUGCAUCUCCUAUCACCUGUGCCCACACCCUGACCGCCUGAGCCGCGUGGCCUUCUCACUGCGCCAGACCAGCUGUGCCACGGCAGUGGGGGCUGCAGCUCUGUUCGCAGCCGGUGUGCUCAUGCUCCCUGCCACGGUGCUGCUCUAUCGCAAGCUGGGCAUCGUCCUCAUGAUGGUCAAGUGUGUCAGCUGCGGCUUUGCCAGCUUCUUCUUUCAAUCUCUGUGCUGUUUCUUUGGACCAGAGAAAAACUGUGGGCAGAUCCUCUGGCCUUGUGCCCACCUGCCGUGGGACGCUGGAAGUGGGGAACCUGGUCCGGAGAAGGCAGGCCGCCCACGACCAGGGCCAGUGGGAGGGGCACCCGGGUCCUGCUCAGAGCAGUAUGAGUUACAGCCCCUGGCACAGCGCCGGAGCCCCAGCUUUGACACCAGUACAGCCACCAGCAAGCUAUCCCACCGGCCUUCAGUGCUCUCUGAGGAUCUACAGCUGCAUGAUGGCCCCUGCUGCUCCAGGCCUCCACUGGCCCCUGCCUCCCCACGGGAGCUGUUCCUGGACCACCAGGCAGUCUUCAGGCAGUGCCCAGCCCUGCAGACCUCCUCACCCUAUAAGCAGGUUGGCCCCAGCCCCAAAACCCGGACCAGGCAGGACUCCCAAGGGCAGAAGGCUGAGCCAGUGCAGCCCUUACCAGAAGCCCCAACCCACUCCCCCAAGCCCCAGCCCCAGGUUGUGGAGCCUCCAGAUUGUCUCUGCUCCUCAGCCAGCACCCUGGAGGGGCUCAGCGUCUCUGACGAGACCUGCCUAAGCACCUCUGAGCCAAGUGCCCGCGUGCAGGAUUCCGUGGGUGCCUCCCCAGAGGAUGCGGACGAAACUGAGCCAACAGUACCUGAGCGAGGCCACCUGAAUGAGAAGCGGGACACCCUGUGGCUGGCACUGCGGGAGACUGUGUAUGAUCCAUCACUGCCUGCCUCCCACCAGAGCAGCUCGUCCUGGAAGGGCCGUGGGGGGCCAGGGGAUGGCAGCCCUGUGGUGCUGCCUAACAGCCAGCCAGAUCUGCCAGACGUUUGGCUGCGCAGGCCCAGUACCUACACUUCAGGCUACAGUAGCUGAGGGAGGCCCUGGGAGGCUGGACUGGAGCACAGAGCCUGUCAGGGAUGACACUGCAGGGGCAGCACCAGGCUGGAGCCUGCUGGUGUUUCUCCACAUCAGCAUGAAGAAGGCUCACCCUCCAGCUGUGGAUUUCCAGCCUGCCAGAUGAUCCAGCCUUGGCCUGGGCUGCUGCUUACUCCCCACAUCUGGAGGAUUCAGUGGGGAAGGUCUUUGGAAUGAAAAGCCAAGCUCUCCUCAUGAUCUGCUGAGGGCUCAUCUGCCCCCACAGUGCCAACCAGGACCCACACUGUGGAAGGGGGAAAACCAGAUGUGUACCUCUAUGUAUUAGGCAAGGCUGACCCAACCCCCAUGCCAAGUGGCAAGUUCAGUGAGACUAAGGGACCCAGUCCUUGGGACCCUGCAGGGACACCUCACCAACCAAAAGAGCCCUGGGAAAUCUCAGCACCCCCCUGGGCCUCACGCCUUCCAGGGGUUCUUUAUCAGGAUACUUCUUUCUCUUUGGGGAGCUUCUCUGGGCCAGAAUUGGGCUAAGGCCUCUGGCCUGAACUGCCCUGCCCCCCUCACAUUCCCCAAUCUGACCAGAAAUUUGUCAAGGCCAGACAGAAAUGGCUGCUGGGAAUGAAGCUGGAGGAGGACGGUCAGCCUCAGAGCAUCCCUAAAUUGCUGGAUGGUCCCUCACAGGAAGCUGCUCUGGCACGGAAGAGUCCUCUCCCCUAUUAACAAAUAGGAAUCCUUUAUGCCCUGCAUCUUUUCUUUAACAGAAAACUCUUCCACACCCAUUGUUUCCUGGGAAUAUCACCAUUUCAGUAUGGGGUAGCCUGCAGUUGGCCCAGUCCUUUUGCCCCCGAUUUAUAGGUAAAGGUGUUGAGACUAGUAAGGUUAAGUAAUUUACACAAAGCCACAUAGCUAGUAAAUGGCUGAGCAGGUUUCCUGACUCACUCCACCACAGCUGCACUCUCCUCCUGGCUGCCUGCCCCAGGGACAUUGGCCUGUGCCUGUCUUGAUCUUUCACCUGUGACAUUCUCUAGCAACCUGCCUUGCACGUGUUGCUGAGUAAACUCCCCUCCCUCCUCCCUUUGGGCCUCCAUCUCCAGAAAGAGCCCCAGUCUGAGCAUGCCUGGAUUUCCUCCCCAAUUCCCCUUUGCUUCCCUCCAGCUCCAGCUGAGAUGCCUACUAUCCGGGAGGCAUUCAGGCUGAUCUGAUUCCCAGGGUCAGAGUCGGGACAUAUCCCUUCCAAUGGCCACUGUGUGUGGAAAGCCCCUGCCAGGAGAGGCAUUGAGGGCAGCAGAGGUUGAGCAGAGUUCAGUAAAGGCAGGAGCUCAGGCCUGCCCUCUUUGGGAGUAAGUCUGAAGCUAUUCCCUAGGUCAGGAUCCCAGCUUCUAAGGACAGAUCUCUCUGGGGGCACUCCACAGACCAAAGGCUGGCUCCCUCUCCCCAAAGUAAAGUGUCUCUCUGGAAGGUUUUAUCCCGCAUGAGAGCUCAUGACGCCUGGAGCAUCAGCAGUUUCACUGAACACCAACUCUGCAGACAGCACUGCAAGGGGACAGAGCUGCGGAAGGAAAGUUGAACAUCUGCCCUUAAGGAGCUCACCAUCUAGCUGAGGAAACAGCUCACACAUACAUGCAGGCUUCAGUGGGUCACUGACGGCACCAGGCCGUGCUGAGGGCCAUAUGCCUGUCACCAUGAGUACUGCUGGAGCUCAGGUACCCAGAACUGGUAACCAGGAAGGCUUCCUAGAGGAGGAAUAACUUGAGCUGGGCAUCAGAAGUCCAAGUAUCUCAGACUGGAAGGGACCUUAACAAUCAUUUAUUUCAGCAGUUUUCAAACUUUGAAGCCCUAGGACCUUUCUUCAAAGAAUCCUUAUGUGGACACACAGGAUAUAAAGCAGAUAAAAAGCAGCCACUCUGGUGGGCACUGGUGGGGGCAGUACAGAGCCAAGUCAGCCUCACUUUCUACUGCGCCUUUCAUGGGGCCCUGGGGACACUUCAGGCUCCUGGCAGCUCCACAGAAUGUGGUAUGAAAAACACUGAUCCAGGUCAUUUUAUGGUUGAGCAUCACAGAGGGGAAGGGGUUUUUCUAGGAUCAGUCUGUGGCAGAGCUGGAGGCAAAUCGGGGGGUGUUUUUGUUUUGUUUUGUUUUGUUUUGUUUUUCCAAUAUUGUUGAGACCUACCUCCAACUCCAAGGAGCCCGUGAGAAGUGGAGCAGAAAGCCCAGUGACAUGGGAGUUGUGGAAGAGACAGAAGACCACGGGCAGGAGUGACAGUUACGUCAACUCCUUUGCACGAUAAGUAAAUGAAACCCAUCUGACUCCUGAUACCAGGAAGGAGAGGCAGUGACUAGCACCUAACCUGGACCAUCUCCCUGGAGGUCUGCUGGGACCUCCUUCUCUUCAUGUCCGAGUAAAAGUCAGCCUCUCUGUCCUGGCUUCUCUACAUCAUGGACUGGAUCCUUCUGUAUUCUCACAGCCAGACUGAGAGAGCGCUAGUCUCAACUGGGACCAUCAGCCAGGAGGACAAGGGAGCUCUUCCUCCUGAGCAUGAGCAGAAGUCGGGCCUUGACUCAAGACAGUCCAGCAUCUUAGUUGCCUCUCAGUGAUUCACCAUGGCUCUUCUGCCCCAUGUUGUGGGAGGGCAGCAGGGCCCUGGACCAAAAGAACCUGCUCCCCUACACUCUCUUUCAUUUCUUGCAGGGAGAGACACUGAUGUCUGGGACUGAAGCUUCAAAAACUUGGCCCAAACACAACCACUGAAAUGUUUGAGAGUAUAUGAAGGGGUGGGUGGGGUGGGCAUC